AUGUUACUCAUACUCAAAUGUGAACUGGAGCGUAUAAUUCAUAAUUACAUAUUGACAAUCAUACGCACCGGUGUACAAAUGCAAACAAACACUUCCAGAGGUCAAUCCCCAUAUCCGCCAUCACAAGGUCAAAACUCAGGUUCCUAUCCAAGUUCGCCCCAGCAACAACAGCCACAGCCCGGGCAACAGCAACAACAGCAGCAGCAACAGGCUCAGCAACAACAACAGCAGCAAAGUAGUAGUGGUAGUGGUGGCGGUAGUGGAGGUGGUCCACCACCGCCGCCACAAUCUUCAAAUCAAGGCACAACACCAUCUCAAUAUUCACCAUAUCCCCAGAGAUAUCCAACACCGCCUGGCCCAGCGACAGGACCAAAUCAUCGAACUGCCUAUACGACGCAUCAGUAUCCGGAACCAAAUCGGCCUUGGCCUGGCGGUUCAUCGCCUGCACCUAGUCCUGGCCCCGGUAGUCAUCCCCUGCCACCAGCAUCACCUCAUCAUGCCCAGCACGGUGGUCCACCGCCAAGCAGUAGUCCGAGUCAUGCGCCCAGUCCGUCACCUCAACCUUCACAAGCCUCACCAUCACCUCAUCAGGAACUUAUUGGUCAAAAUAGUAAUGAUAGCUCCAGUGGUGGCGGUCAUAGCGGCUUAGGAUCAGGCCCACCCGGUACACCCAAUCCGCAACAAGUUAUGCGUCCCACACCUUCGCCAACGGGAUCUUCGGGUUCACGUUCCAUGUCACCGGCAGUUGCCCAAAACCAUCCAAUUUCACGGCCAUCUAGCAAUCAAUCUAGUAGUGGUCCAAUGCAACAACCUGGUGGUGGACCGCCACCACCUCCAUCUCAGCAAUCGGCACAACAGCAACAGCAAUCUCAGCAAGGACCUGGAGUUCCAAACUCUUCGUCUUCAGCUAGCAAUUCACCUCAACAGGGACCGCCUACCUCAGCUGCAAGUGGCAGUGGCGGUCCACCCGGCGGUGGACAACAGCCUCCACCGCUAUCGAAUCAGAAUAGCAUAGGAUCACAACCACCGCCUCAGGGGCCUGGUGGUGGUGCUCAGGGUUAUCCUCUACCGCCUCAUAUGCACGGCAGCUAUAAAAUGGGUGGCCAAAGUCCUGGACCGCAGGGAAUGCUCUCCGGCUAUCCGCCUCCACCACCACAACAAGCUCAACAAUACUCUCAAGGUAGCUACCCGCCAAGACCUCAGUAUCCGCCGGGUGGUUAUGGUUCUACGCCGCCACCGCCCUCAAGUCAGGCCUCAUCAGCCAAUAGUAUGCCACCCGGUGGUCCACAGCAAUAUCCAGGCGGCAGACCUAUGCCAAAUCACAGUGGUCAAUAUCCGCCUUAUCAAAACUGGGUUCCGCCAUCACCACAACAGGGCGGACCUGGUCCUGGAGGUCCAGGUGCACCGGGGGCUCCGAACAUGGGUAAUCACAUCCAGGGCAAAGCUACACCACCACCGCCCCAGGGUAGUGGUUCGCCUCGUCCCCUAAAUUAUUUGAAACAACAUUUACAACACAAGGGUGGUUAUCCAGGCGGUGGACCACCAGGCGGACCGCCGCAAGGUUAUGGUAAUGGUCCUGGUAUGCAUCCCGGUAUACCAAUGGGUCCACCCCAUCACAUGGGUCCUCCACAUGGUCCAACGACCAUGGGGCCUCCACCCACAACACCACCACAGUCAAUGAUGGCUGGCGGAGUAGGGGGUGGUGAAGGUAGCGGCCCACCUCCGCCACCUGAGCAUGUAUCACAAGAUAAUGGUUUAAGUUCAGGAUCGUCGGGAUCGGCUUCAGGUCCAUCACAACAUCCAGUCACAUCUGUAGUCACAACCGGUCCAGAUGGUACACCAAUGGAUGAUGCCAGCCAACAAAGCACAAUAUCAAAUGCUUCGGCAGCAUCCGCUGAAGAUCCUCAAUGUACCACACCAAAAUCUCGUAAAAAUGAUCCGUAUGGACAGAGCCAUUUGGCCCCACCUAGCACCAGUCCCGGCGGUGUUGGUGCUGGUGCCCAUCCAGGACAUCCUGGCGAAGAUUAUGAAAUGAAUUCUCCACCCAAUUGGGCACGAACACCUGCCAGUCCAGGUUUCAAUAGCCAUGUACCACAGCCGGAAACCUUUCGUGCAACACCAACAGCUGGCCCCACCGCAGCUCCAACCUCAGCCAAAAAGUCCGACAGCCUCUGUAAACUGUAUGAAAUGGACGAUAAUCCUGAACGUCGUGUUUGGCUAGACAAGCUGAGAGCAUUUAUGGAUGAGAGACGUACACCAAUAACAACCUGUCCAACCAUCUCGAAACAACCCCUCGAUCUUUACAGGUUAUAUUUGUAUGUAAAGGAACGAGGCGGAUUCGUCGAGGUUACCAAAAGUAAAACAUGGAAGGAUAUAGCUGCCCUUUUGGGUAUCGGGGCAAGUAGCAGUGCAGCAUACACGCUGCGUAAACACUAUACGAAGAAUCUAUUGGCCUACGAGUGUCAUUUUGAUCGCGGUGAUAUUGAUCCUUUGCCUAUCAUACAACAAAUUGAAGCUGGUACUAAGAAGAAAUCAGCCAAAGCUGCUUCAGUACCAUCACCAGCUGGCUCAUCCAAUUCUCAAGACUCAUUCCCAGCACCCGUUGGUGCUGCCAAUACCUCUAUGGACGGUUAUCCUACAUAUCCUGGAAACUAUCCCGGUGCUGGGCCGCAGCCUGAUUAUGGUGCUGGUGGCCAAAUGCCCAGGCCUCCAUCUCAAAGUAAUGCACAAAGUCCCCAUCCAGGCCCCAAUAAUCAAACACCAUCCGCGACCCCUGGUGGUGAUAACAUAAGCGUUAAUAAUCCCUUCGACGAACCGCCGGUUGGCAGUGGUGCUCCCAAUUCCAACGCCACUGCUCAUGGGAAUAGUACCAACAGCGGUGCGGCUGGACCAACACCACCAAAUGUGGUAGCUACACAGCCGCCUCCCUCAGCAAGACCACCAUAUCCUCCGGGAGGACCAUAUCCACCACCACCGGUGUCUCGAGCACCAGGUUCUCCAUACCCGGGACAACCAGGUGCUUAUGGUCAAUAUGGCUCUGGUGAUCAAUACAAUGCAGCCGGACCACCUGGCCAGUUUGGUCAGCAGCAGGGACAAUUUCCUCCCCAAAAUCGCAGCAUGUACCCUCCCUAUGGACCCGAGGGAGAAGCACCUCCAUCUGGCUCGAAUCAAUAUGGUCCUUAUGGCAAUCGUCCAUACAGCCAACCACCACCUGGCAGUUCACAGGCACCUUCAACGCCUGGUGCCCCAACAGCUGCAGGUGGUCCUCCACAAAGUGGCCCUCCUGCUCCGGGUAGUUCUCCUUAUCCCCCUCCUGGUGCUCCUGGUCAACAGGACUAUUAUAGACCACCCGAUCAGGGUCCACGACGUCAUCCAGAUUUUGUUAAAGACUCACAACCUUAUCCUGGUUAUAAUGCUAGACCACAACUGUACGGCGGUUGGCAAGGCGGCUCUAAUCAAUACCGCAAUCAAUAUCCCACUUCACAAUCUCCACAAGCUUGGGGUGGUGCCCCACCACGAACGCAGGCACCACCUGGCAGCCAGCUGGGACCACCAGGUCAGCAACAGCCUCCGCCUGGCGCUGCAACACAAUGGGAUCAACAUCGAUAUCCUCCACAACAGCAACAACCACCACAGCCCCAGCAACCACAACAGCAGCCACCUUAUCAACAGCCGGGUCAACAGCAACCGCCACCACCACAAUGGGCACAAAUGGGUGGAGCUGGCACUGGUGCACCGGGGGCACCACCAAGUGGUGCUCCUGGCUCUCCUUUAAGGCCACCGAGUGCUGGUCAACAAAGAAUGCCCAAUUCCGGUCCUGGAAAUAUGAGUGGACCCGGUGGUAGUGGUCAAAUGGUGGGUGGACCACAGCCUGGACAACCAGGUGGAGCACCACCUAAUACCACCAGCACGGCUGCUGGCACAAUGCCACCAAACAACAGUAUGGGAAAACAACCACCAUUUUCAAUGCCACCACCUCAACAGACUGGUGGUGCCAAUGCUGCCGGCGGUCCACAAGGGCCGGGUGGCAUGAUGCCUGCUGUGAAUCAACAAAAACCGCCAAUGGGUGUUGUUGGUCCAGGCGGUGCACCUUUACUACAACCUCAGUCGCAGCAGCAACAACAGCAACAGCCGCCACAAAUGCAACAGCAAGUGCAAUCGCAGCCGCCACAGCAGCAACUACCACAACAGCCACCGCAACAAGCACAACCGCAGCAGCAACAGCCCUUCCCUCCACCAGUGGGUCCGGGGCCACCAUUAAUCAAAAAGGAAAUUGUCUUUCCGCCCGACAGUGUGGAGUCGACCACUCCCGUACUGUAUAGACGCAAGCGACUCACCAAAGCCGAUGUUUGUCCCGUAGAUCCGUGGCGUAUAUUCAUGGCCAUAAGGUCGGGUCAGCUGACCGAAUGCACAUGGGCUCUGGAUGUUUUGAAUGUGCUCUUGUUUGACGAUUCCACAGUUCAAUACUUUGGCCUGGCCCAUUUGCCCGGUCUACUGACAUUGCUGUUGGAACAUUUCCAAAAGAAUCUCGCCGAGAUGUUUAGCGACGAAGGCGAUGACCACAAGUCUGGUUUAACUGCCAAAGGCAACAGAAAGUCAUCAUGUAAACGUGGUAUUUCCGCCAACAUGACUGCCACCCGUAAAAGGCUAUGUGAUACCAUUAAGCAGGAGCAGGGAGAUCGCCAAUGCGUUGAUCCUCAUUCGCGCUUACAUGACAAUACGUCUGGUAGCAACAUUGGCGCUGCUAAUGAUGCCUACGACGUCAUAGACGACAGCGACUCGGAUGAAGAUGAGGGCAUCGAUCUGGGUCAAGUGAAACGACCACCCAAUCCCGAGGAGAGGGUAGUGCUGUUAGCCAAUACACCCAACUACACAAUGAUGUCUCGAAAAGGUCUGCCAGUACGCCUUCAUCCUGCCGAAAAUGAUAUAUUCAUAACCGACGGUGUCAAGGAAUGGGAUUCCGAAUUUAGUGGCAACUAUGAGGAGACUGCUCCUGUCGGCAGUAAUGCCUGGACGUAUGGUUUUACGGAUCGCGACAUAAGCAAGGGCAUUAUCGAUGUGUUCAAGUCCGAGUUUGUAGACAUUCCAUUUGCCCGCUUCAUUAAGGGCAAGUCUAAAGACACAAAACAUAAAAGGAAUGCUGCAAAGAUCAAGAUCGAAGAGGACGACCCCUCGUCGUCCACUCACGCAGAUGAUGUGUUGAAACCAAAACUAGAAAGCAAUGAAAGUGAUAAAGAAAUGGAAGACGACGAGGUCGAAGCCAGACUGCAGCAGAACACCUUCAACAAGAAACGUCGUCUGUUCAACAAUUCCACAGCGAGCAGUACAGCACCGCAAUUGGAGCCGACGGAAGCAAAGAAGUCCAAGCUACAAAACGACGAACAACAAAACCUUCGUUUGGAGAAAUCUGCAUUCACCAUAACACCGGAAAUUAAGAAGGAGGACGACUCCAACGAAACAGCUGCUGGGGCAGCGGCAACAGCAACAACGAAUACCGACAGUGAUUGUCGGGAGGUGGAUAUGGAACUGGAAACAAUAACCACCAAAGAACCCGCAGUUACCAAGACCUUCGAUCCCAAGUCGACUGUAAGAGAUCCGGCUUUGGUUUUACAACGCCGUCGUUCAUCCUCGUCCCUGGAAGAUGAGUGCUAUACCCGCGAUGAGUCCAGUUUGUACUUGGUCAACGAAAGUCAAGACGCCUUGGCACGCCGUUGCAUAUGCAUUUCCAAUAUAUUCCGCAAUUUGAGUUUUGUGCCCGGAAACGAAUCGAUAUUAGCGAAAUCGCAAAGAUUCCUGGCUGUGGUAGGUCGUCUUUUGCUGCUCAACCACGAGCAUUUGCCCCGAACACCUAAGAAUCGGAACUAUGAUCGAGGCACUGAGGAAGACACAGACUUCUCCGACUCCUGCAGCUCUCUGCAAGGAGAACGUGAAUGGUGGUGGGACUAUCUCAUAAGCAUACGAGAGAAUAUGCUCGUGAUAAUGGCGAACAUUGCUGGCCACUUGGACUUGUCCCGCUACGAAGAGCUAAUAGCGAGACCUCUGAUUGACGGUCUGCUACACUGGGCAGUAUGUCCCAGUGCCCAUGGCCAAGAUCCCUUCCCAUCGUGCGGUCCCGCCUCAUCUCUAUCACCCCAAAGACUUGCCCUGGAGGCUCUAUGUAAGCUGUGCGUUACGGACAACAAUGUGGAUCUGGUUAUUGCCACACCACCCCAUUCGAGGCUAGAGAAACUUUGCGCUGUGCUCACCAGGCACUUGUGCCGCAACGAAGAUCAGGUGUUGCGCGAAUUCUCCGUGAACCUGCUCCACUAUUUGGCAGCAGCCGACAGUGCAAUGGCCCGGACCGUGGCGCUGCAAUCACCUUGCAUAUCGUACUUGGUGGCGUUUAUAGAGCAGGCCGAACAAACCGCUCUCGGCGUUGCCAAUCAGCAUGGCAUCAACUAUUUGCGUGAGAAUCCCGAUUCCAUGGGAACAAGUUUGGACAUGUUAAGACGUGCAGCUGGCACUCUACUGCACUUGGCCAAGCAUCCGGAUAAUCGAUCGCUGUUUAUGCAACAGGAACAGCGGCUGUUGGGUCUGGUAAUGUCCCACAUUCUAGACCAGCAAGUUGCUCUGAUAAUAUCACGAGUUCUAUUCCAAGUGUCCCGAGGCCCCGGCACAGCAGUUAAUUCACUCGAAUAUCGCAUGCAACAAAAGCAACUGCAACAAAAGAAUGGUGCAGCACAGGAAAAGAAACAAGCGGCGGCCGAAAGAAAAUCGGAGGAAGUUGUUGCAGCAUCAGAGAAGGAAGCAAGUCCUGCAGACGCCGCCAUUGAUUCCAAAACUGCAACGACUGAUCAGCCAAUUAAAAGUGAAGCAACUGAAACAACGGCUGCGCCUGCGUGUAACGAAGUGGCAGCAGAGUCGUCCGGCAACUCGAAUGCCAACGACACCAGUGGCGGCGGCGGUGUCAUCAGCAGCAAUAACAUCGAAAAUAUAACGGGCAAAAAUCCAGCGUCUUCCUCCAACGCUAUGAUCGUUUCAGCCGACAGUGAAAAUAGCAACAGUAGUUCUCAGAUAACGCCCACAGCUGCUUUCAACGAUGUCAGUAACAGUAGUACAAAUAGCAACAGUUGUGGCACGGCAGCCAGCAGUCUUAGCCAAAACAGCACAAACAGUUCCAUCGGCAGCUGUAGCAAUUUAAGUUCGAGCACUACGGCGCCAACAAUGCACCACCACCCGCACCACCAUCAUCACCUGCACACGAACAGCAACAACAACAACAGCAGCAGUAGUAGUGUCAGCGGUCAGGGCCUAACAACGAGUGAACAAUUAAAGAACAAUAUGCUGGGAGCUGUUGCAGCCACAAAUAGCAGCAGUGGCAGCGGCAAUGGCGGCGUCAGUAAUAGCAGCAUGCCGAUGAACAACAAUAUGUCUUCGGCGACGUCGACAAAUUUAGUGGCAACAGCAGCACAACCACAACAACAACAAAUAACCGCGCCGUCUCCACCAGCCACCACAGCACCUCCAUCUCAAGCUCCAACUGCGAAUACAUCGACGACAGCAGCGGUUGCGUAG